ACUAUAGCAUGGACCCGAGUUCUUGGAACCUACUCAAUUUUUAGGAUCUGUGUCAAUUUAAUUUUCAAAGGCUAGCUCUUGUGUGUUCAUUAGUAGUGAUGAGGGCACCAUGGAUGUGUAGCUUUUUCUUCGGCUUCUUUCUCAUCUUCUCAUCCAUCUCUGCUGAAUCUAAUUACUUUUCCCCAGCAAAACUUUCAUCCACAUGGACCAACAAUGAAUCUUUUAUCCGUUCCAUCAAUUUCAGAGAUGGCUCAAGAAUCAGAGUCAUUCUCAAUAAUGAAAAGAAAUUCCGUUGUGGCUUCUUCUGUAAUGGAACCUGCACAUCUUACCUCUUUGCGAUUGUGGUUAUCAAUAUGACAACCACCCGAGACAGUCUGGCGGUGAUUUGGUCAGCAAACCGAGACAAUCUGGUCAGGGAAGGCGCAAUUCUGAAUUUCACUGCAACUGGAGAAUUGAUGUUACAGGAUGUGGAUGGAAACAUAGUUUGGACUACAAACACUACCGGGAAAUCUGUUGCUUCCAUGAACCUAACUGAAGAUGGGAAUCUGGGGUUGUUGAAUGUCCAUAACUUGACAGUUUGGCAAUCUUUUGAUCACCCAACAGACUGUUUGUUACCUGGGCAAAAACUAUUUCAAGGACAGAAGCUCAUACCUAGUGUUUCCUCAACCAACUGGACGCCUCAAGUAGACUUAUACUCUCUGCAAUUCAACGAAAAAGGUUUGUUUUUUUAUGUUGGAUCGAACCCGCCUCAAGUCUAUUAUGGUCACACGGUUAAUGGCCUAGAUGAAGGUUAUCUUGAGCUCAGAGGUAGGAGUUUGUGUUUGGUAAUUUCUUCUUCUAGGCCAAAUUAUUGUCCUAGUGUGAUUGAUAUACCUCCAGCAUUCCCAUUUGAGUAUAUAAAACUAUUGCCAGAUGGGCAUUUGAAAGCGUUUGGAUGGGAGACAGACAACGAUCUACUAUUGGGUCAUCUUGGAGGUUGUUCUUAUCCUUUGGCUUGUGGGAGAAAUGCCAUUUGCUCGGCUGAUCAACAAUGUAGUUGUCCAAUAUCAAGCACCUCUCCUGCGACGGACUAUUUUAGAGCAGUGAAUGAUCGCCAACCCAACAAGGGUUGCUCUCAAGUUACUCCUCUCACAUGCAAUGCUACACAAAAUCAUACUUUCAUUGAACUCAAUAACGUCACGUACUUCACAUUUACCUCGGACAUGGAAGAUGUGGAUAUUGAGACUUGCAAACAAGCGUGUCUGAAUAACUGCUCAUGCAAAGCAGCACUAAUCAAGUAUGGUUCGAAUUCAAGUGGGGAUUGCUAUUUACCUUCUGAGCUUUUUACAAUAACGAGUCUUGAUGCAGGGGUACUUCCACAAAAUGUUUUGUUUUUUAUAAAAGUCCUGAAUUCGUCUAUACCCCAAUCACAUGGUCGAUCGUCAAACAGAAAAAUUCUAGUUGCAACAAUUCUCGGUUCCACAAUUGGAAGUCUUAUGCUUCUUAUUAUGGUCGUAGGUUUUACUAGAUUCAUACUUCAAAAGAAAAAUAUGAACAGUGAAAGUGAAGAAGAGUAUCUAGAUCAAGUUUCAGGAAUGCCCACUCGGUUUUCCUAUGAUGAACUGAAAACAGCCACGGAGAAUUUCAGUAAAAAGCUUGGGGAAGGGGGAUUUGGAUCAGUUUUCGAAGGAACUCUCAAAGAUGGGUCAAAGAUUGCAGUAAAAUGUCUUCAAGGUCUGGUGCAUGUUAAGAAAUCAUUCUUGGCCGAGGUUGAGUCCAUUGGCAGCAUUCACCACGUGAAUCUAGUUCGACUUAGAGGGUUUUGUGCUCGGAAAUCACAACAGCUUCUCGUGUAUGAAUUCAUGAGUAACGGAUCAUUAGACCAGUGGAUCUACUAUGGAGACAGGAAGCAGGUACUCCCAUGGAUAAGUAGAAAGAAAAUUAUUCUUGAUAUAGCUAAAGGUUUAACAUAUCUUCAUGAAGAUUGUAGACAAAAAAUCAUCCACCUCGAUAUUAAACCUCAAAACAUACUCCUAGAUGCAGACUUCAAUGCCAAAGUAUCGGAUUUUGGGUUGUCUAAGCUCAUCGACAGAGAUCAAAGCCAAGUGAUGACUACAAUGAGAGGAACCCCUGGCUAUCUAGCUCCAGAAUGGUUGAGCUCAAUUAUAACCGAAAAAGUGGAUGUAUAUAGCUUUGGGAUCCUUCUUUUGGAGAUCUUAUGUGGAAGGAAGAUAGUUGAUAGAUCUCAGCCAGAAGAAAGUUGGCACCUACUUCGUGUCUUUCAGAGAUGUUGGGAACAAGAGACGUUGUUAAACAUAGUUGACAGGUAUAGUGAAGAUAUGCAGGAACAUGGUACAGAAGUCAUGGAGAUGAUGAAACUGGCUUCAUGGUGUCUACAGACAGAUUUUACUAAGAGGCCUUCAAUGUCAACUGUGAUUAAGGUGUUAGAGGGAGUAAUAAGUGUUGAACUGGACUUGGAUUACAACUUCUCGUAUCAAAGAAUGCAGGAAACAACAUAUGGACAUGAGAAAAGCUCACAACCAGUGUUGCCACCUAGCCUGUCAGCUCCAAGGUGAGUUAGAUAUAGGUUCUUGUGGAUCGUUUGUAUGGAUCGAUCCUUUUAAUGCUUGUCUUUUUCUUUCUUAAAGAACGUUUAUAAUGGAGUUCAUCUCUUUAUGUUUUGUUUAGGAUAAUUUUAUUAGUGUAUAUAUUGUAUAUCUUUGUUAUCUCAUUUGUAUAGCCCAACAUAGCCCUUUUUGUA